AUGAAUAGAUCAAGUAGGAAUCAUUUACAAGAGUCCUUCUUAAAUAAGUCAGCUAGACAAUAUGUAAACAGUAUUUUUGGCGAGAGUGUCAACUUUUUUUGGUUUUUUGGUCAGAUUCAUGUUAAGUGGAUAUUUGUAUGGUCACAAGUAUUUUUAUUAUUUAUCUCAGUAAAUGUAUUACUAGAUUGUUCUGCUGGUAACUACACUCAAUGUUCUUCAAUAUGGAAGGAUUUAUUUACAGUAAGCGAUUUUCUUCCAAAUAAUGGUGGAGAAUUGGAUAAAUCAGUGUUUGAACAGAAUUACUACUAUUUAAGGACAGUUGCUGCAUUUACCUUUGUAUUAAAUUGUGGUUGUGCACUUUUUGCUAUGGCUGGACUUUUUUCGGCUGAGAAGGUUUAUAAUAAGAAGGAAAGGGAAGCUGGUUCAUUUAACGUACAUCCUCUUAUUUUUGCUAUACCUUCUUAUUUUUGUCAGGGAAUAUGGAUUUGUAUUUAUUUUUAUUGGACUCUAAAUAACAUUAAAAAACACUGGGAUGCUGCUACAUUUAUGUAUUUAAGAUUCUUUUUUAUAUCUAUUGUUCCUUAUGUUGGUGUGUGGAUUAUAAUUUUAUAUUGUUUUUGUGGAUCUUUAACAGCUAUAAAAUUUAUUCUUCGUGCAGCUAGGCAUCGCGAAGUUGAUCCUGAAUUAACUAUUGGAAUGAAUAAUACUUUUUAUAGUCGUCGAGGACGUUAUGGUGAUCUUUCUUUAAGAUCAGGAAAAAGCGACUACUCAGCUAGUAAUUUAUCAACAAGAUCAGUAAGGAGCAGAAGAUUUUUACGCUCUGGAAAAUACAAGCUCUCUAAUCCCGGAGAUACUACAAAUAAACGUUCACCAAAUAAAUCUCUCCUUACCAAAGUUCGCCGUACUGAUACAAAAAAACAUGAUCUAAGCGCUCGGUCUAGUCAUACUGAGAAAAAUCUGGAAAUAAUACAAGAAGAGGAAGCAUCUAAUACGUGA